UUACAAUCGUUAAAAAUCUGUAUUUAUACCUUAAUCGCGUCCGUAAACAUCUUCAAUUUCAAAUAAAUUUGCAAGGUCGCGUAAAGUCGAGAGGACUAGGUCCGAAUAAAUUAGCAUACGUCACAUCGUGCAAAAAGUCCGUGAGCUCAGCAGCACGCCUUCUAAAAGUUUUGUUUACUUACUGUUUACAUUGUUCGUUGAUAAGAUGUCUUGUAAUAAUGACGAAGAAUAUAACUUAGAAAGCUCAGAAUCGGAUAAUUCUCUUCAUGAAAAAGACUUUACAAAGCUACAGCCAUACGAAUUUGAACCUCUUGUGUCUGACGAGGAAGAAGUUAGUAACGGUGUAGAAAAUGACGAGGUUUCUUUUACUGAUGCAGAGCCACGUACGGGUAAUGCAAAUUGGUGUGAAUGUGGAAAUUGUAGAGCAAUGGAAACCGAUACUGAAAGCGUGUGCUGUGUCGAGUCAAACGAAAUUCCUGAUGAGUUUUUCCAAGGUCAUAAAUGCGUUACAGAAGCUGCUGAUUUUCAAGUGGUUGUUUUGACAAAAGCUGUUUUAGAAACUGCGUUAUCUGCAUUGCAUGAUUUGAGAGGAGACACUUUAGAAUUAAAAAAUGAAUCUUAUCGUUACGCUGGUUAUAAACAGUUCACUUGGUGGAUACACAGUCGAUUGGGAAAAGGGGUGAGAAGAGUGAUUCCUUCUUGUGUAGUAUGGGCAAUUCGAAGAAAAUAUCCGGCAGAAGAUGAAAAAUAUGUUUUAUUCAAAGAAAGUUGA